AGACGCACGGACCGGAUGCUUUUUGUCCGAACCCUGACGCUGCUUCCUCGAGGCAUUUAGGAUUGUCAAAACAGGAGCCCAUCCAUGGAAGCGGCGGCGGCGAGCUCGGUAAGGGCCGGAGUCGCAUCGCAGCUGCGUUCCCCGCUCGGAUUCAGGGACGGACGCUUUCGCGCUCCCCCUCUUCGUUGGUGCCUGCGUCCGCCCCGGCCGGCCUCGCGCCUCGUCUACCGCGGGGAAGCCCGUCCCCGCGUCGCCGCUUCCGCUUCUCGCGACCAGCAGCGGCAGCUGGGGGAGCUCGAGGCGGAGGCGGAGGCGGUCGGCGGGUCGGCCUGGGAGGCCGGGAGGAGCAGCCCCCGCGAGGUGAGGGAGGAGAUGGCGCGGUGCUUCGACCUCGUCCGCCGCCUCGGCAGGGGUGCCGUCUACCUCGGCUCCUCCAGGGUGCCGCCCACCCACCCGCACUACCACCGCACCGCCGAGCUCGCAAGAGAGGCAAGUAGUAUGCAAGCUUCACCAACCCAGCCUUGAACUGAUAUGCAUUCCUCGCAUUCUUUUCUUUCACCAGCGCACUGUCAACAAAUCUAUAUAGAGACAAAACAUGGUAUCGAAUUGGAUUAGAACUAGCUGCAGAUCAGGGCAAUUGUUAUGGCACAAUAUAGCCUUGUGCGUUUACAUGGAAAAAAAAACUCUGGAACAACUUGUGCUGAGCCUGUCUUUGCAUUACAACAGAUAGCUCGGCUGCUGGACUGCACCACAUGGACCGGAGCCGGUCCCGGGCUCAUGGAUGCCGCCAUCCAAGGCGCUCUUGGGGCAGACAAGCCUGUCGGCGGCUUCAAGAUUGCCAAGGAGGCAGGCGAAUGGACAACCUCAAGCUUCCAUCCUUACCUGCCCCCGGAGACCUAUCUCACCUGCAGGUUCUUCUCGGCAAGGAAGCAUGGACUGGUGGAUGCUGUAGUGCGGAGCAACCCUACGGACCGAACUGUCGUGGUUGCAUUACCGGGAGGGAUAGGGACGUUGGACGAGUUGUUUGAGAUAUUGGCGCUGAUUCAACUGGAGAGGAUUGGUUCGGCGCUCCCGGUCCCGUUCUUGCUUCUCAACUACGAUUCUUAUUACUCCAAGUUGCUGGACUUUCUGAGUGACUGCCAGGAGUGGGGCACGGUUUCUCCUGGCGAAGUGGCGUCACUGUGGAAGGUUUGUGAUGGGAAUUAUGAAGCUUUGGAGUACUUGGCAGAGUUCUACAAUGUACCUGCUGCGGGAAGAAAUUACCAUUUAUCACCACAGCUGAAGCAGCAAAGAAUUUCAUACGCCACAAGCUGAUGGCACAAGCUCUUCAGAAGAUUCCUUGC